GCGCACAUGGCGCUGUUCUUGCGCAGGUGUUGGCUGGCCCACGGGCCUUCGGGCCGCUCGCUGCGACGACGGGAGGCCAGUCUAGGCGCCGCUGGCCCCGGGACCGCGGUGCGAGUGAGGUUCGCCCCCAGCCCCACAGGCUUUUUGCACUUGGGUGGCCUCCGCACUGCCUUGUACAACUACAUCUUUGCCAAGAAGCAUGGAGGGAGCUUCAUCCUCAGGCUGGAGGAUACAGACCAGACCCGCCUUGUACCAGGAGCUGCAGAGAACAUUGAGGACAUGCUGGAGUGGGCAGGCAUCCCCCCAGAUGAAAGCCCGCGUCGGGGCGGUCCAGCUGGGCCCUACCAGCAGUCUCAGCGGCUGGAGCUGUAUGCGCAGGCUGCAGAGGCUCUGCUGCAGAUGGGAGCGGCUUACCCCUGCUUCUGCUCACCCCAGCGGCUGGAGCUUCUGAAGAAGGAGGCUCUAAGGAACCACCAGACACCCCGGUAUGACAACCGCUGCCGCCACUUGAGCCAGAAGCAAGUGGCCCAGAAACUGGCCCAGGAGCCCACGCCUGCCAUUCGCUUCCGCCUGGACAAGGAUGUGCCUGCCUUCCAGGACCUGGUGUACGGCUGGAACCGGCAUGAAGUGGCCAGUGUGGAGGGUGACCCGGUCAUCCUCAAGAGCGACGGCUUCCCCACCUACCACCUGGCCUGCGUGGUGGAUGACCACCACAUGGGCAUCAGCCACGUCCUGCGGGGCUCUGAGUGGCUGGUAUCCACUGCUAAGCACCUGCUCCUCUACCAGGCCCUGGGCUGGCAGCCACCACAUUUUGCCCACCUGCCCCUUCUCCUCAACAAGGAUGGUAGCAAACUGUCCAAGAGGCAGGGCGACAUCUUCCUGGAGCACUUUGCCUCUGCUGGCUUCCUGCCUGCGGCUUUGCUUGACCUCAUCACCAACUGUGGCUCAGGCUUUGCAGAGAACCAGAUGGGCAGGACCUUGCCUGAGCUGGUAGCGCAGUUUGACCUCUCCCGGGUUAUUUGCCAUUCAGCGCUGCUGGACCUGGAGAAGCUCCCUGAAUUCAACAGGCUGCAUCUGUGUCGGUUGGUGGACAGUAAGCCGCAACGUCACCAGCUGAUGGGGAAGCUGCGGGCACUGGUGGAGGAGGUUUUCGGCAGCCAGCUGCAGGACAGGGCAGUGCUGGAGCCUGCUUACUUGGAGAGGGUCAUCCUGCUGAGACAGGGCCACAUUGGCCGCCUGCAGGACUUGGUGUCACCUGUGUAUGCCUACCUGUGGACACGGCCUGCCGUGGAACGAGCACAGCUGGACGCCAUCACAGAGGAAGUGGACAUGAUAACCCAGCGUGUGCUGGGGUUGUUAGACGGCGCUGGAUUGAGCCUGACCCAGGACUCACUGAACAGAGAGCUGAGGAAGUUGUCAGCGGAUCUGCCAGGAACCAAACCCAGCCACGUGAUGAAGCUCAUCCGAGUAGCCCUCAGCGGACAACUGCAAGGUCCCCCGGUGGCGGAGAUGAUAGUGUCACUGGGCCCACAGGAAGUCCGGGCACGGAUCCAGCAAGUGCUCUCCAGCUAGGGGAGGAGUAGCAGAUGACCUACAAUCCCUCAUAGUGGAGCAAAGGAGGCCCAGUCACUCCUGAAGCGGCAGGGCUUGGGGCCAGGAGUGGAUCUGGCUUCUCCCUCCAUUGCCCACACACCAUACUCUGGGCUCCAGGCCACCUCGCUGCCUAUCUCCUUUACUCCGGAGCUACCUGGUUGCUGCUACCACAUCCCACAGCAGAAGAUUCAAGGAACUUCCUGAAGGCUUCUCACAUAUGAGUCAGCUUGGACUGCUGUUAAAAAUGACUGCACACUGGACCAGAGAGAAGAUCAGCAAGCUUUUUUUUUUUUUUUCCUUGGAGGUAUGUGUGUUGGGCCACAUCUGGCGGCACUCAGGUUAUUCCUGGCUCUGUGCUCAGAAAUCCUGGCAGGCUCGGGGGAUCACUUGGGAUGCCAGGAAUUGAACCCUGAUCAGCCUCGUGCAAGGCAAAAGCUCUACCACCCUGCUAUUACUCCAGCCCCAACAAGCUUUGAAGGCAAAAAGUCUGAGCACCUGAGCAGCCCUAGAAGUGACCCCUAGCCCCAAGGACAGAACUGGGAGUAACACCUGUGUAGAGGUCCGUGGCUUCCAGGGCUGCCAGAGCCCAGUGCUGCAAGGCUCACAGGGGCUCAUGGGACUCAGUUACUGGGUGGGGCCUAAAGCCCACCUAAAAAUACCAACUUGGAGGCACUGCCUGCCCAGGACAGAGAGAGAGGAGAAAAAGAUCAACCAAGUAUACUUUUUAUUCCUCCUGGAAUCUGAGGCCUGCUGCCCCUGCCAGAGUUCUGAAAAGGGAGAGAUAGAUAGAAAUACAUCUGUCUGGCCGGGGAGGGAGGCCUGGAUACAAAAAGGAAAGAAAAGUGAAUAGUUGCAAAGCAGGCAGCAUUUCUCUGAUGCUUUAUCUCUGCCUAC